CUGUGAGCCGAGCGCCUGCCCCCGAGGGCUGGGCCUGUCACGUGCUCCGGCCAGUGGGGAGGGGGUGGCCGAGGCGAUGUGGGCUCCAGGCGGCCGGUGCCGGUGCCCGGAGCUGCUGCGCUGAGGCCCCGGGCCGCUGACCCCAGGCCGCCCCUGGAUACUGCGCUCCCGCCCCACCAUGUUCUCCAGGAAGAAGCGGGAGCUCAUGAAAACCCCUUCCAUCUCGAAAAAGAACCGGGCGGGAAGCCCCAGCCCGCAGCUCUCGGGGGAGCUGACCAAGAGAGACGGGGCCGAUGCGGUGCCUCAGGGAUCCAGCCUGGAGCCACCAGGUGCGGCCUCGAAUGUCAAGGCCACAGGCACCCUGAAGCGGCCCACCAGCCUGAGCCGCCAUGCCAGCGCGGCCGGCUUCCCGCUAUCUGGUGCCGGUUCCUGGACACUAGGCCGCGGCCACCGCAGCCCACUGCCAGCGGCCAGCCCCGAGGUGCCCGUGGAGGGGCCCAGCCCUGACCUCAUGGAGCUCUCCUCAGUGAUCACGGACGUCACCCGCUUUGCUGAGAGCCUUGAAAAGCUCAGGGACUGUAUUCUGCAAGAUGAUCGGCUGGAGGCGCGGCGGCCGGUGGCCCACGAACACCUGGGCGAGGCCCUGCGAGUGCUGCGCCAGCUCACCUGCAAGUACCCGCCGCUCAACACCGUGGAGGUGCUCACUGCCGCCUGCAGCCUCAUCGCCCAGGUCAAAGCUUUCCACUAUGAGUGCAACAAAGAGUCGGACAAGCAGGAGUUUUACAAAGCCUUGGAGGCUAUUUCCUUCUCCUUCAGCUGCACGGUGUCUGAGUUCCUCUUGGGUGAAGUGGACGGCAACAACUUCCUGUCAGUGCCGGUGGGGGACCCUGGCCAGUCCCUGGAGAACCUGGACGGACCGCGGGGAGAGGGGGCCCAGGCCCAGGCCGGCGCCGAGGACGGUGACGGUGACGAGGGCUGCCUGCCCUCCGAGGAGGUGGACAUGCUGCUGCAGCGCUGCGAGGGCGGCGUGGGUGCGGCGCUGCAGUACGCCAAGGACAUGGCCAAGUACAUGAAGGACCUCAUCGGCUACCUGGAGAAGCGCACCAUGCUGGAGAUGGACUUCGCCAAAGGUGUGCAGAAGAUCGCCCAAAGCUGCCGACAGAGCUUCAUGCAGGAGCGCCACAUGCCCCUCCUGUCCCUCUACUCACUGGCCCUGGAGCAGGACCUGGAUUUUGGCCACAGCUUGGUGCAAGCCGUGAGCAUACUGCAGACCCAGACCUUCAUACAGCCUCUGAACCUGCGGCGACUGGAGCACGAGAAGCGCAGGAAGGAGAUCAAGGAGUCGUGGCACCGGGCCCAGAGGAAGCUGCAAGAGGCUGAGUCCAACCUGCGCAAGGCCAAGCAGAGCUACAACCAGCGCUCCGAGGACCACGACAAGGCCCGCCUCCUGGUGGCCAGGGCCGAGGAGGAGCAGUCCGGCGCGGCGCCUGGGGCGGGGGGGUCUGCCCUCAAGACCCUGGAGAAGCGGCGGCGCCUGGAGGAGGAGGCCAAGAACAAGGCGGAGGAGGCCAUGGCCACGUACCGCACCUGCAUCGCGGAUGCCAAGACACAGAAGCAGGAGUUGGAGGACACCAAGGUGACAGUGCUGCGGCAGACCCAAGAGGUCAUCCGGCAGAGCGACCAGACCAUCAAGUCGGUCACCAUCUCCUACUACCAGAUGAUGCACAUGCAGACGGCGCAGCUGCCCGUGCACUUCCAGAUGCUGUGCGAGAGCAGCAAGCUGUACGACCCGGGCCAGCAGUACGCCUCCCACGUGCGCCAGCUGCAGCGCGGCGAGGAGCCCGACGUGCACUACGACUUUGAGCCCCACGUCUCGGCCGUCGCGUGGUCUCCGGUCACGCGUGGCCGCAAAGGCAGCUUCAGCGGAGGUGACGGUGUGGGGUCAGAGGCCACCAGCAGCCCCCCAGAGGAAGGGGCACUUGCCAAGGAGCACAAGGGUGAGUGUGGGCAGGACCCGCGGCAGGUCCCCCGCCCCCCGCAGCCCUCGGUCACCAGCAGGCUCCCUUCCUCAGGUGGGCGCACACACAGGGUGAACAAGUCGUGGCCAGUCCCCACGUCAGAGUCUGCAGGCAGCCUGGACCCUGCCUCUGGCUCAGGGGACUUUAAGCAGCUAGAGCGGACCUCAUCCAGCGGCACCAUGUCCUCCAGCGAGGAGCUCGCCGGCAGCCAGGACAGCGGUGCAGCGGCACCGGCCUUCGAGCCAGCUGACCUCAAUGGCAUGGCUCCCGAGCUGCCAGUGGCCGUGCACAGCGGGCCCUUCCAGCACGUGGCGCUGUCCAAGGCGGCCCGCACCCACCGGCUGCGCAAGCUCCGCACCCCUGCCAAGUGCCGGGAAUGCAACAGCUACGUGUACUUCCAGGGUGCCGAGUGCGAGGAGUGCUGCCUGGCUUGCCACAAGAAGUGUCUGGAGACACUGGCCAUCCAGUGUGGACACAAGAAGCUACAGGGACGCCUGCAGCUCUUUGGCCAGGACUUCAGCCAGGCGGCGCGUGACAGCCCGGACCUCAUACCCUUCGUGAUCAAGAAGUGCAUCUCCGAGAUCGAGCGGCGCGCUCUGCGCACUAAGGGUAUUUACCGGGUGAACGGGGUGAAGACGCGCGUAGAGAAGCUGUGCCAGACUUUCGAAAACGCCAAGGAGCUGGUGGAGCUGAGCCAGGCCUCACCCCACGACGUCAGCAACGUCCUCAAACUCUACCUGCGCCAGCUGCCGGAGCCGCUCAUCUCCUUCCGCUUCUACCACGAGCUAGUGGGGCUGGCCAAGGACAAUCUGAAGGCCGAGGCUGAAGCCAAGGCAGCGUCCCGGGGCCGGCCAGACGUCGGCGCGAGCGAGGCAGCGGCGGUGACCAUGGCGGGCCAGCUGCGGGAGCUCCUGCGAGAACUGCCUCCCGAGAACCGGGCCACGCUGCAGUACCUGCUGCGGCACCUGCGCAGGAUUGUGGAGGUGGAGCAGGACAACAAGAUGACUCCCGGGAACCUGGGUAUCGUGUUUGGGCCCACGCUGCUGCGCCCGCGGCCCACGGACGCCACCGUGUCCCUCUCCUCCCUGGUCGACUACCCCCACCAGGCUCGCAUUGUGGAGAUCCUUAUCUCCCACUACAGUCUGGUUUUCCAGGAGGAGUCGGAGGAGGUGCCUGCCGCCCAGGACGGAAUAGCCAACCACCAGGCAGAGGUGGUCGUGCAAACGCCAAACCUCAGGGCAAGCGAGGAAUCUGAGGAUGGAGGCCAAGAAUCCCGUGUUGCGUCAAAUGACUCUGAGUCUGAGCUUGAGGAGGAAGUGGAUCUGCUGUCGUCAUCUGCAGGCGGGAGUGUCCUGCCCUGCCUUGGCCUCUUGGACAAUCAGCUGGGCAGUGAGGCCAGUAUGGAGGAGUCUGGGGACAGCCUUAGCCUCAGCUGCAAUGAAGAGCAGCUAAGGGCUGCGGCCGAGGAGGUGGGGGUCGGGCCGGAGCCUGAGGGGGCUGUCCAGGUGUAGCCCCAACAGUGCAGCCAUUCGGCCUGGUCCAGCUGCCUGCUUCACGGCAUGUGGGCGGCAGAGGCACCAGCCAGAAGUGGCGACCGACCCAUCGGGCAGCCUGGCUCCUGUCCCUGUGUCCCCGAGUGUGGGCAUUUGGUCUCGGCUCUUUGCAAUGUCAGCCCACCACAGCGAGGGCUUCUUCCUGCACUGUCUUGGGCACUGUUGGCCACCUUCCCAAAGCUGCCUUGUCCUUGCCUGGUGCAGGGCUGGGCACCGAGGCUUGACUGCUUGCUGUCGCUGAAACUGGGAGUGCCCAUGCUGGAACUUUGAGUGGUCCCAGGAAGCUUUAGCUUUUCCAGAAAACUGGGUUUGGACACCGGGCACACCGGGCUUUAGGUACAUAGGGAGGGCGCCUAGGUGAGAAUGUUGGGCCAAAUUAAUUUUAUUUAGUCUUUGACCCAAGCCUGCCUUCUCAGGCAGCAGGGAGUACCAGGGGUACCUUAGCUUCUCCCGUUUCCAUGAGUCCAGGUGACUGAGGCAGGCUGUGAGGACACUCAGCUGUCCAACAGCCCCCGCACAGAACUUACAGAUCUGCUAUCCGGUACGGCAGCACCCAGUCCUGUGUGGCUCUGGAGUGCCUGAGUGGCCAGCCUGCAUGAGAACAGCAAUUGCUACUUCAUUUUCACUUUUUCAGAAGGAGGCAACUUAGAGGCAGGGGCAAGCAUCUCUGAUAGCACUGCGAGUUGUCAGUGAGAAGCAGGAUGCUCCUCAGUUGCUACUGGCCUCUCGCCCAGCAGACUCACAUCAGGCUUAUCCUGGAGGGCCAAGGACGGCUCGGCCAAGCAGGUCCCACCUGUCGCUUUAUGCAGCUCCAGGGGACAGCAGGCACCGUAGAGGGCCUGGAACUGCCCCUGGAACCUGCAGCAAACGCUGGGCUGAGAUAGCUGCCGCUGGCCGCCGCUGGGACAGCAGAACAGUGGGACAGCACUGCUGGGCUAGGGACAAGGCCACCCUUCUCAGAGAUUCACGGGCACAGACAUGCCUGCCCGCUCACAAGGCUUUUCAGGCAGCUGCGUCUUCAGGUACGACUUGACCUGGCUCACAGGUCUCACGGUGCCAGCCCCCAUUGACCCCACACAGCCGUCAGACACCCCUCUUCCAGGAGCCCCAAGGCCAGUGCUGACCAAGCUCAGGGAUGUGGAGUAAGCCAUGCAAGGGGCACAGGCCGGUCUCGAGGGUCCAUCUGGAUUCCUGGGGAGCCAGGUGCUGCCGGCUGGGCCGCAGCACAGUACCGCCCGGUGACAGCACUGCGUGCCGCUGCGGCGGGGCACUGGGAGGUCAGUGGGGACCUGUGCAGCCUGACACGCAAACCCUGGGCAGUCAACUGCUCGGGUGUGGGCUUGGCCCGAGGUACAGGUAAUGCUUAGUGUUAACCCUUUCGAGUGCAGCUAAGAAGCGGAACGCUGCUCCAGCCACCCCCACAGCCCUGACAGUUCAUCUUCCGGAAAUGAAGCUGUUGGCGAAGAGCGCCAGCACCCCAGCACCCACACACUUCCGUGUGGACCCCACUCCCUGAGGGAAUCACUGUCUUCGUGUCUUAGCUUUUUGGGACCACGAUGAUUUGGGGGGGUGUGUGUGUGGGAAAGGAAUAACCCGUGUGCUGUUACAUGUAUCACAGAACUGUAAUCCUUUAAACGAAGCUGGUGAACACCGUGUGCACUUAUGAGUUUGUAACGGUGGGGGACGGGACUGCUCCGUGACCGCCACGGCCGGUGUCUGUUUAGGGACGAAGGUUGUAGUCGAGGCCAAGCGUGUGAACAGGUGCGAGAGCAGGGUUAAGUGUGUGGUGAGGAGUCUGUGUCUGAACCUGUGGCACUUCCAGAGCUCAGUAAUAAAGGCGACCCGCUAAGCAGUGGGCAAAAGGAGCUACACGGAGGUUUCUUCAGACGAGCUACAAAUGGCUACUGAGCACACGAAAAGGCGCUCAGCAGCGUUGGGGGAAACUGAGUCAUAAUGACGCAACACUGCCCCUCCAGCCAGGGCGCCCUGGAGCAGGGGAGCAGGGGAACGAGCGUCGGAGAGAUGUGGAGACCGGAGCCUGGUCAGGGUCGCAAGGUGGCGCAGUCUAGCAGUCAGUUUCUCAGAAAAAAGGUCUCCAGAAUUCCACUCCCAUUAGAUUCACGCUUGCCAGGAAGUGGACACACCCCACAUGUCCAGGUGGAGAGAACAUGCCCGUCCACACACGGGAGCAUCGCUGGCUGCGAACACGGACAGGCCAGGCACGACCGCAGGGUGGGCUCGUGGGGUCAGGUGGGAUUACGGCCGGCGGGGUGGCACUUCUUGGGAGGGUGUGCCGGCAUCCACUACUAAGAGUCACUACCAUGUGCUCUGGAACAUCAAUUUUAUCUUUUAGAAAAACACAGGGUCCUCUGGCAGCCUAGGGGAGAGUCUCAGCACUGCCGCAGCUACUGCUUGCGUGUAACCCCUGGCCCCGGGCUGACCCCCAGGGCACAGCCGAGCACUCCUGUCUCCCCACUGCUCCCCUCAGCAGUUUCA